AUAGAUCCAAUAGCAUUGUGACGUUAACUCGCUUCCGUUUCAAGGAAAGAAGGAAGAUGGCGGGUAGUUUAAAAGAACGUGAGCUUUCUGUCAAGAUUUACAACAAAUUGCAGGCUCUGGGUUGCCCUUCAGUUGAAGGGCUGUUUCUCAGAGAGGCUGACGGCAUGAAGGAGCUGCUGUGCACCCCCUCCAUGCACAGACUGGACAUUCUGCAGUGGAUCUGCACAAGUAUCUGCCCCCCCAUGAAGAAGCGCUUCUCUGAGUUGAAGGGACCCCAACCAGACUCCCAGAUAAAAGAGCUAGUGCAGUUUUGCCAUGAGAUGCUUUUGUGUCGCCAGGAUGAUUUUGAUCUCAUCAAGGGUGUUUCCAGUCCUCAGCGGCAGCUCGCCUUACUGGAACAGCUGGUGGAUGUGUUACCGAGAGAUGAGAGUGAGGCAGGGGAGCCUCUCAGUGAGCAGGUGUGCAGGAAUGAGGCGCUUCUAAAGGAGCUCUUCUCCAGCCCUCAUCUCCAAACGAUGCUUCACCCCACAUGCAACCCCUGGCCGGUGGAGAUCAGAGAGCUGCUGAGCAGGAGGGAGGCUGCAGGGCAGAGCAGCAACACUGCAUCCAAGAAAAGCCGCAACCUCCCCAGCAAACAGAGGGAAGAUUCCCUGAAGGAGGUGACUGAGAGCCUGCAGAAAACCAACACUGCGCUAGAGGAAAUCCACAAAGAGUGUGUGUUCCUGCACUCGGACCCCCAGAGCAGCGGCAGAAGCACUACCCACCUCUCCCCCCCUGCUCUCCGCCUGGCCAUUGUCGACCUCUCCCAGCUCAUGACUGCCUUCAGCCAGCUCUACGACAGUGACUUUAGAGAGUACUGUAACAGAGCUGCUCCUCAACUGAGGGAGAGUGCAGAGGCUUUCAGUACUGCACACAGCCUGCUCGCUGCCUGCACCAAGGAGCUCCAGGCCCUGAAUCAGCUCUCUGUCACCUCCCUGGCACUGACAAGCACAGUAGAAGGACAGCAGCAGUGCAGACGGUUCUGGAGCAGAGGACACAUGCAGUCUCUGCCUGCUAAGAUUGAAGAGCUGAAGAGGAGAUACAAGGAUUUCCUGUGCAUAUAUCAGAGGAGCAGAGAGCGCAUGAGAGAGGAGAGUGCAGGGGAGAAGAGAGACUACAGGAGGGAGUAAGGGGAAAAGGAGAGAGUGCAGGGGAGUGUGUGAGGGGAUUUCAAGUGUGGGAGUGGAGAGAGUGCAGGGGAGUGUGUGAGGGGAUUUCAAGUGUGGGAGUGGAGAGAGUGCAGGGGAGUGUGUGAGGGGAUUUCAAGUGUGGGAGUGGAGAGAGUGCAGGGGAGUGUGUGAGGGGAUUUCAAGUGUGGGAGUGGAGAGAGUGCAGGGGAGUGUGUGAGGGGAUUUCAAGUGUGGGAGUGGAGAGAGUGCAGGGGAGUGUGUGAGGGGAUUUAAAGUGUGGAAGAGGAGAGAGGAUUCCAAGUGUGGGAGAGGAGAGAGUAACAGAGAGGAUGUCGUUUGUUUGUCACCUUGGUCACAGGUUGAUGUUCAGGUACAUCAUGAAAGAGAAGUCACACUUUUUGAAAAACCUGAUAACCCACUAUUUAAAUCUUCUUUAGAUAACAUAUCAUUGCUUCUUUUAUAUA